GUUACUUACCAAAUUCUCUUAUAUAUAUAGUCACAAUUCUAAGUAUAAUUUAUCUAGCUUCUUAAGAUGGAUACAUUUGAAGGUGUACAUUAUGGUAUUGUAAGCCAAAUGAAUUUCAUUUGGCAACAAGCUAGAGUGCCCCUUAUUGUUCCAAUGCUGAAAAUUUUAGUGUUUUUGUGUUUGGCCAUGUCAAUUAUGCUUUUUGUGGAGAGAGUUUAUAUGGGUAUAGUCAUUGUUUUUCUUAAGUUAUUUGGUCAUAAACCAGAGAAACAUUACAAAUGGGAGCCACUUAAGGAUCAUGACAUUGAGCUUGGAAAUUCUGCUUUUCCUAUGGUUUUGGUGCAAAUCCCAAUGUAUAAUGAAAAAGAGGUGUAUCAAUUAUCAAUUGGAGCUGCAUGUGGGUUAUCAUGGCCAUCUGAUAGAAUUAUUAUUCAAGUUCUUGAUGACUCAACAGAUCCAAUCAUUAAGAAUUUGGUGGAGGUGGAAUGUGAGAGAUGGAGAAGGAAAGGCAUAAACAUAAAAUAUGAGAUAAGGGAAAACAGAAAUGGAUACAAAGCUGGUGCUCUUAAAGAAGGAAUGAAACAUAGUUAUGUCAAACUUUGUGACUAUGUUGCUAUCUUUGAUGCUGAUUUUCAACCUGAGUCUAACUAUCUUUACCGUACUAUCCCAUUUCUUGAUCAAAAUCCGCAAGUUGGUCUAGUCCAAGCUCGUUGGAAAUUCGUUAAUGCUGAUGAAUGCUUAAUGACAAGAAUGCAAGAGAUGUCAUUGGACUAUCAUUUCCUUGUGGAACAAGAAGUUGGAUCCUCAACUCAUGCUUUCUUUGGUUUCAAUGGCACAGCUGGUGUUUGGAGAAUUUCAGCACUAAAUGAAGCCGGUGGAUGGAAGGAUCGCACUACGGUGGAAGAUAUGGAUUUGGCGGUACGAGCUAGUCUCAAAGGGUGGAAAUUUGUGUACCUUAGUGACCUCAAGGUGAAAAGUGAAUUGCCAAGUACCUUCAAAGCCUACCGAUAUCAGCAACACAGAUGGUCAUGUGGUCCGGCUAAUCUUUUCAGGAAAAUGGCUAUGGAAAUCUUAAGAAACAAGAGAGUCACAAUGUGGAAGAAAUUUUAUGUGAUAUAUAGUUUUUUCUUCGUCCGGAAAAUCAUAGCCCAUGUUGUCACAUUUACAUUCUACUGUGUCAUUUUACCUGCAACUGUUUUAGUUCCAGAAGUAGAAGUCCCUAAAUGGGGUGCUGUUUAUAUACCUUCCAUCAUUACACUUCUUAAUGCUGUUGGAACUCCAAGGUCAUUCCACUUAUUGGUAUUGUGGAUACUUUUUGAAAAUGUUAUGUCAAUGCAUAGGACCAAGGCAACAAUUAUAGGUUUGUUUGAGGCAGGUAGAGUAAAUGAAUGGGUAGUUACUGAGAAAUUAGGUGAUGCUCUCAAAACAAAAUCAGGCGGUAAAGCAGUUAAAAAACCUCGUAUCAGGAUCGAUGGAAGGCUUCAUUUCCUAGAACUUGGUGUUGGAGCUUACCUCUUUUUAUGUGGAUGUUAUGAUCUUGCAUUUGGGAAGAAUCACUACUUCAUAUAUCUUUUUCUGCAAUCUUUUGCCUUCUUUGUUGUGGGGGUUGGCUAUGUUGGAAUCUAUGUUCCUAGUUCUUAGAGAACCUGACUUUUGCAUCGUGUGCAAUGCGCGCAAGUGGUGUAAACAUUGGAGUACUGAGUUCGGUUUCUACUGAUAAAAAGAUGAAUCAUAUCAAAUGGUUGAGGAUUUGGCGUCCCGAUCACUAUACGAAGGAAGAAAAUGUAGUAGUGGCAGCAACUUCUGCUGCAGCUAUACCAUUGUUUUAGUACCAUAAAUUAUUUUACAAUUAUUUGUAAUAGUUUGAAUUGUUUUGUCAAGGAAAUAGACAAUGAAUAUAAAAGAAACAAAGAAAGAUGGUUUGUUACUUGAAAAUAAUGUAUUGGAAAGAAACAUUACUAGUUAAUCAAUAAAUUGGAAAAUUGGAAUAUAGA